AUGGCGCCCGAAACCAAGAACGAUUUCCUAGAAAUCGCUGACAGUGAUGCGGAUAGCGAUAUCGGCUACAAUUCCGAAGAAGAUGAUAUGCAAAAGGGUGGCCGCGGCGCCAAGCGACGGAAAGUUGAGUCUGACGACGAAGACGACCCAGGAAGCGACAUUGGAAGCGACGACGAAGACGAAGCGACUGAGAAGGACUCAAAGAAGACACAAGAGGAAGACAAGAAGGAAGAUCAGCCCGAAAAGCCAAAGCGCAAAUCAAAAGACACAACAUCAACAGAACUGCCUGACGUUACAAGGACCUUGACAAAGAAGAACCUCGUCGCAUCCGAAGCCGCUAUCAAGAAGUCAGGCGUUGUCUACCUCUCUCGUAUACCUCCCUUCAUGAAACCAGCUAAGCUGCGAUCUCUCCUCGAACCCUACGGCACCAUCAACCGCAUCUUCCUCGCUCCCGAGGACCCAGCCUCGCACGCCCGCCGCGUUCGCGCCGGUGGCAACAAGAAGCGCUCCUAUACCGAGGGUUGGGUCGAAUUUACCAAGAAGAAGGAUGCCAAGGCCGUCUGCGAUCUUCUCAACGCGCGCACUAUUGGCGGCAAGAAGGGCAGCUACUACCACGAUGAUUUAUGGAACCUACUAUACCUCAAGGGCUUCAAGUGGCACAACCUCACAGAGCAAAUUGCUGCCGAGAACGCAGAGCGCUCCAGCCGCAUGAGAGCCGAAAUCAGCAAAUCAACAAAGGAGAACAAGGAGUUUGUCAGAAACGUGGAGAAGGCAAAGAUGCUGGACGGCAUGGCGGUCAAGGCCAAGGCCAAGAAGAGGAAGGCAGAGACCCAUACAGAGGGUCAGGAGGACGAGUCGGUGCGACAGGUCAAGCGCUCGUUCAAGCAAGUUCCUCUUGCAAAGAAGAAGAUGGAUGGCGAAGAUCAGCCAGCCGAGGUGACGAGGGUAUUAAGCAAGAUUUUUUAA